AUGGCGAUGCGAAGCCUGCUUCGUGGCGGUGGCGUGCGGGCCGCCGUACUGAGGGGGCAGCCAGGGGUGGUGCAACGUGUAAUCGCAUCAAGAACGCGUGAUUUGCACGUGGCCCGGCCAGUUGCCAGCUCCCUGUGGAAGCGCUGGUUUGGUACCCCCGAGGAGAAAGCUGCAGCUAAAGCCGAGGAUGCCCAAAAGCGGCAAAAACUUGUUCAAGAAAUGCGUGAUCAGUUCUCAGACCUCAAAGAGUUUCGUGACAAGCGCGGAAAACGUGCCGAGACUGGGCCCGGCAUUAUCCCGACACAAGCAGGGUCAAAGGAUGAGGCGGGGCGAGGCGAGGCGAGGCGAGGCGACAACCGUUGUCUCAAAGAGAGUCAUUGUGGUGCAUGUGGGCCAAUCGCCGAUGGCCGUGGCGCGUCGGAAAGCCAGCAGUGCAUGUACCUCAUAAGUGGCUUGACGUCCAAAGCCAAAGCCACACUCCCAGCCAGCGAGCACGGCAAAGCCCAACAGCGAGAAGAGCUACGGAGCCAGCAGCGCCAAGUCAGGGCAGGGUUGGAUGCACGGGGUGAGAUGGUGGACAAGCAUGGCAAAGACCGCCAGCGCGGCGCGUUCUUCGGCACGUACAAAGAGGCAGUACUUGACAAUGGCCAGUGGCGACUUGGCGUUGGCCACAUCAAGCUUGGGACCCAUUUCCGACAUGGCAGCGGUGAUGGAAGUAAUAAUUAUCUCAACGCCAGUCGAGGUACCGGGGAACUCUUGCGUGUGACGCGCAACAAGAUCCAGUGGAUCUACUACAUCUUCUUGACUUGA